CCAAAUUUCGGAGGGCUAAGGGCAAGGCAGGGCCCCUUCAUCUGGUUUUGUGCGUUGUGCAGUAAAUCAUUUUGCUGCAUUGCACCCAAGAUGCCUUCUGGCCUUUCCAAGGGCUGGGCAUAGCGUUUGCGAUGGGAACACGUGAUGCUUCGUACCCACGCCCAUCCCGCCCUUGUUAACGCAGCCUCUGGCUUUCCUGUGUGAUUCUGAGCAGGACAUAUGGUCCUGCCACGGAAAAGGAGCACCAGAGCUGAUUGCCUUUUGUUUGAAUUUUCGCUGUAAGCACGAAACUUCUUACAAGGAUUGAGAAUAGAUUUAUUUUGCCUCCUUAGAACAACACUCAGUUCACUAAGGCGAUGAAGGGCUUUUUCCUGGCACUAGAGCUAUACCGAGGGUAGGUCAGUUACGGAAUGUCUUAAGGCAGAAGUUAUUCCUUUGGUUCACUUACUCAUUCACUCAGCAGGCAUUUACUAAGCACCUUGCCUAAGUGCUCGGUAGUGGGCUUGGUGCUGUGAGGAAGACAAGAUGAAUUGAACCUGAGCUUAGUCCUCAAGGAGCUUGACUGGCCCAGAGGAGAGAGAAGCUCAAGGGAAGUAAGUCUACACCAGGUAGAAGGGAUGGGGCCCCAAGAGAGGGUCAGAGGAAGAACUGGGGGACUCGGAGGAGGGAGAAGAACCAGCCUUCCACCCCAGGUGAUUAACGUAAGGAGAGAAUUAGGUCCCUCAAUUACUACCUGAUUAGGAGUGAUCUCUCUCAUAAGCUUCACAUCUCUGUGGAAGGGUGCUUCCUGACUGUGUGUUGGGCAUCUCAGACUGAUUAUGUUUAAGUUGGGCUCCAUCAUUCCAGGGCACCCCCCUCCUGACCCCACCACACACCUGCUGCUGUUCCAUUGUUCCCUGUCUCAGGGAACAGCAUCAAGGCUCCCCUCUUCCUAGUGGUCCAAGCCAGAGGCUUAUCCCCCCUGCUCCCUCCCCACACCUGGGCUUGUUGAGUCAACCUCCUGACCUCUCACAUCUGUCCAGCUCGCUCCACCCUCAUUUCUCCAGGCCAGGCCACCAUCAUCCCUUGCUUGGCUUACUGCCUCCCAGCCUGUCUUCACCAGACUCCCUUUACAGGGCUUCCAGGGGUGAUCUGGCCCUUGCUCACCAGCCCCCACCCCACCUUCACACCCCUUGCACUUGUCUCCAUUUUGAAACCAUGCCAUGCUUUCUCAUGCCACCAGGCCUUUGCACAUGUCUCCCUUCUGCCUAGGACAUGUGCUUCCUUGCCACCCUCCUCCCUUGGUUUACUCCUGCCCUCCCCGUGACCUCAGCUGGGUCCCUGCUUCCUGGAGGAACUUUCCUUUAGGCUCCAAGCCUCAGUAGGUGCAGCUCCUUGUUGCGCUGCCUGUGCCUCUCCUCCUGAGGGCUCCCUCACGCAGCUGCCGCCUCCAUGGUGCUGCACUGGAAGUCCUGGCAUAGCAGGACCGUGUCCAUCAGUGGGGCUUUACAUCCCUUCCUGCUGCCUGCACACAGAAGAUGCCCAAGAAAAAGUCGUUGAUGGAAUUUGGUAUAAGUGCAGGUUGUACUAUUAUGGUUUGAGUCUAUGAAUGCCAGCAUCAUGAAUCCACCCUACCUCAGUUGAUUUCUCGCUGUGCUGAAAUAGUAUUGCCCUUGUUUAUGUCAAGCUUAAAAAUGUAUAUAAGUGUGAAAGAGAGGAAUCAUUAUAUGAGCAGUUGGUAUUUGUUGGGUGUUCAUUGUGUGCCAGGCACGGUUCUGAGUGCCUUAUAGCAUUAACUCAUUUCAUCACCACAACAGCUCUGUGUGGUAGAUAUUUUUAUUAUCCCUAUUUUACAGAUGGAGAAACUGAGGUACAGAGAUUAAGGAGCUUGCCUAACAUCACAUGCUACUGAAGUCCAAGCAUGCAUUGUGGAAUGUGAUGAGCUCUUUGAGAAAGACAGGAAGUAGGACUGGACGUGAGGCUCUCAUAGGGCUGAAGAUGACUUGAACCUUGCCAAUGGACCUGAUUGGUUUUGGUUAUGCAGCCCUGGUGACAUUCGGAAGCAUUUUGGGAUAUAAGCGGAGAGGUGAGCCCAAACCAGAUUUUUCAUCAAAGAGAGGUGGUGUUCUGUCUUUGAUUGCUGGUCUUUCUGUUGGAUUUUUGGCUGGCUGUGGAGCUUACCGUGUCUCCAAUGACAAGCGAGACGUAAAAUUGUCCCUGUUUACAGCUUUCUUCCUGGCCACCAUAAUGGGGGUGAGGUUUAAGAGAUCCAAGAAAAUCAUGCCAGCUGGGCUGGUUGCAGGUUUAAGCCUCAUGAUGAUCCUGAGACUUGUCUUACUGCUGCUCUGAGAAUCCGCAGGAACUGAAAACUAAAUUUGAGUCAUUCUGCUGUAAUGGGCAGAGCCUACUCUUUGUAUUUAAAAGCUAAAUUCCAAUAUGGAAUGUUCCCCGUGGUGGUCUUAUUUUAUGGUAGAAACUGCAAAAGAAACACUGUCACCUCUAAUAUGGACACUGGUUUGAGGGAUUUUUUUUUUUUAAACAAAUGGUUUAACUGUUUUCUAAUUGUCAGGUACUGGUUUCAUUAAAGGUAUUUGAUAAAUCAUGAUACACUGUUUGA